AUGUCAACAGCUAUAAAGCCAAAAGAUUUUGAUCUUUUCUACUUCUUUAUAAAUAUUUACAUUUGCACCUUCAAUCUAAGAAGAACUUUACACUCUGCUUUGUCUUCAUUAAUUACUCUUCGUUGUCAUAUUUUGGUGAACAAAAAUAAUUCGCUUAGUUAUAAUUGUGACAGUCGUGAAAUUGACAUUGCGUGA